AUGAUUUUGUUUCGGCAUGUCGACCAUUUUAAAGCUUCUGAGGUGAGGGGGCGUGGUUUGCCAGUGGCAAUGCCGCUGGCAAGUGCCGACUCGCUUGAAGUGAAGGGGCGGGGUUUGCCAGUGGCAAUGCCGCUGGCAAGUGCCGACUCGCUUGAAGUGAAGGGGCGGGGUUUGCCAGUGGCAAUGCCGCUGGCAAGUGCCGACUCGCUUGAAGUGAAGGGGCGGGGUUUGCCAGUGGCAAUGCCGCUGGCAAGUGCCGACUCGCUUGACGUGAAGGGGCGGGGUUUCAGAAAACCUGCCGUGAUCUUGCGGGGAGGUCUUAUGCGUCAG